CUCAGUGCUUUCGCGCGCGCCGAGCACUCGCGAUCGCCGCAAAUCAUUCGCGGGAUCGGCGCGUUCGCGGAUUCCGCCGACGAGUUCUCUGCUGAUGAGUUCUCUUCCGGAUGGAUGCCGAGGAACGAUAAAAUUGUUUGCUUUAGCAGCGAGGACGUCAAUUAACGAUGUUUUUCAAAACGAGCACCGCUCUCGCUUAAUCCGUCUAUAAUUAUCUAUGCGCGGUGUAUUAUCCAGGGGAUAAUUUAUUUGCGAUUACUGUUCUCGACUACAAGAUCGCUUCGGGCUGCCCUGGACAUAAGCCGGAUAUUAAUUCGCCGUCGAAUCAACGGAUGAAUUAUGAAGGUAGUCUCUCUCGUGGAUGGAGCGUGUUCGAUAUUUCCGUUCCGCACAUUGCAGUGGAAACGAGAGUUACGUAGCCCGACACGAACAACGAGCAAAUUCUUCUGCCAGCGGAUCUGACAAUAUCGCGUUAAGUGCUUCCAGACUUCGAGCCUGCGAAUUCUGUGACAUGUGCACAGUGCAGAAUAAACUUAUGUUCCGACACAUACUUGCGAAAAUCUCGUGUGACGAAUAAACAUGUUCUCUAAAUUCCAAGGCUGUUGUGGCUAUUUCAGGAAAAAAAUUAAUGUUGUUUAAUAUUCAAUGUUUUGCGAGGAUAUUUGUGUGUGUUCAUGUCAUAUUUCUUGAAUCGCAUUUAAGAAAGAAAAAAACUUACGGAUUUAUUCCUGUGAUUAAUCGCGAAUGCAACGAUUUUUAUCUCCGGCUUUCGCAUGUAGAUUGAUGAAAGAAGAUGUGUUUUCCGGUAUGAGACACGGGAAACUUGUUAAGUGCACAUAUUCAUAACAGUUCGAGGCAUGUUUCGGGAUCGGUGAGUAAAGGGGACUUUGAACAUCGUCGAGAAAAAGAACGUUAUUUAACAGCAACGUCUAUUUAGCGGCGCAAACUUCCGGGGGCCUGACGGGUGCGAUCGAUAGCUUUAUCGAGAUCGCCACGAUCGGUCUCAAGAGGAGAGAGUUGGGAAAAAAGAAUGCAGCUACUUCCCAGCUUCAUGGGUCGCCAUACAAAGCGUGUAGCUUCCUUGAAAAAAGGAAAGCGCGAAUCCACCGGAGGCGGGAAUCCUGCUGGUAAUUGGCCGUCUUCGACGGGGGGUCCGGUCAGACCCCUUAACAGUACCGUUGGCUACGGCGGCAGCGGCGUCGGCGGUGGUGCGGCGGGGGGCACCAACAUGACACCCGACGAUCCCGCGCCCGACGAAGAAUUCGCCCUCGCCGUCACGCAAAAGGCACAGAGAGACGCAGAGGCAAUCCGCACCGCCCUGUACCUCGGAGUCGCACUUGCGAUCACCUGGAUAAUAGGAGCGGCAGGAUUGUCGCUGGCAUGGCUGGUUCUGAUCCUGGUAUUGGCAGCGACCGUGGUUAAAGCGAGAGUGUCCCGACUUCUUCAGACAGAGCUGCAGCACGAAUUGGCCAGAUUACGUAGGAGACGAGCACUGUACAAAGACGAGACCGCCGAGUGGCUCAGCUUGCUCCUCAAUAAGUGGUGGAGAUUUAGCGCUGUCAGCAUAUUUUCCUUGGCGAAGGAACGACUGGAGCCUCUCCUUAAUGAAGCCAAACCCGGUAUAUUAGGUCCAUUAGAAUUACGCGAACUCACUCUCGGCGAGCAGACACCGUGCAUCACUCGCGUGAGAACUCUCGAUUGCUGCAGCGACGACGAUCUUCCCAAUGGACACCACACAGGUCAAACCAAACUAUCCAUCGAGGCAGACGUGCGGUUGGACUGUGAGCAAUUCCGCAUGCUUAUUACCACGCGGCUGUUUGGUAAAGGCGUGGGUAUGGACAUCGACUUGGCGGUGGAGAAGCUGUCGCUGUCGGGUACGAUCCUCGUCAACCUGACAUUGAAUGCAUCCGCGCCGUUUCCGCACGCAAUCGGGCUCAGCGUGAGUUUCGUGGAGAAGCCGGACGUCUGGUUCAGCGUGAGGAUUCUGCGGGCCGUGCAGAUGAUGGAGAUGCCCUUGAUCAAGACCUGGAUUCACGCGGUGGUCACGGACGCUCUGGCCAGUUGGCUGGUCGAUCCUGGCCAUCUGGAGAUGGACCUGAGGGCGCGUGAGCGACCGGGUCCUGGACUGGAUUCCAUGACCAAUUCCAUGCCGCAGGGAGUGCUCACCGUCGUAUUGUGCCAGAAUGGUUGUCCCGCAAAUGUCGCCGAUGAAGUGAGAUGGCUCGUAGUAACGGUAGGCGAUCAGAGACGAAUCACCUCGAAUCUGAGCUCCACGUGGACCGAAGACGUGUCUUUCUUGGUCGGACCAUUGGACAACGAGAGGAUCACCAUCAAGUUAAAAGCGAAACGGCUCGUUAGUACCAUCACUUUGGCGCAGUUCGAGUUGGCGUUAGGAGUUUAUGAUUGGGAGAAUUCGCAAGUGGUCGAAACCGUUUUACAACAGAAGAAACCGUCCCGCAAUAGCGCUAACAUCCCGAACAUCAAUGCGCGACUAGAAUACACCACACUUCCGCACUUGGAUCCCGAUUUACCGCAGCCAGAACUAACAGUCGACAGCCUGCAUCUUGCAGGGGUAUUGGUGGUUUACAUUCACUCCGCCGACAACCUGAAUGGCGAUACUGUCCAGUGCAAUCCUUAUUGCAUGCUGUUUAACAAUCGAAAGAAGGUCAAAACAACACACUAUAUUCGUUCGAGCACUUCACCAGUUUGGGACUCCAGAGCGCAAUUUCUGGUACAAGAUUAUACUCAAGUAUCGCUGAGCUUCGUCAUUUAUUCAUGGAAUAUAACUAAAUCGGUGGACACGGAUAUGCUUGGAUUGGCAAUGCUAUCUUUAUCUCAUGACACGACUUGGCUCGUCCGAAAGGAGCUCACGCUCAGCGGCUCCAACAACGUCACCUCCACCAUGACAAUCUCGGUCCUGUUUUAUCCCGUCAAAAGUAUACAGCAAGUGGUUACCAGCCGCAGGAGCAGUCUGGUUCCGACUACGCUGGACGACGAACCAAAAAUCAAGCGAAACAGUUUACCAUGGAUGCAGCAGGCAAAGCUGCUGUUGACGCACAAGGACGCCGAUCUUGCUUCCUCCGACAUAUCCAGCUUACUGUCCACCGGAAGUGGUUUGAUGGAGGUGACGCUGUUACGCGCGAGAGACCUCGUCGCGAAGGAUCUGAAUGGCUUCAGCGAUCCUUUCUGCGAGCUGAAGCUGAACAACGAAACGAAAUACAAGAGCAGCAUAAAGAAGAAAACGCUGAAUCCCUGCUGGGACGAGAGUUCCAUCAUGGGCUUGCCGAAGGCCGGAGAAGCUCUAGAUAUCGUAUUAUGGGAUCAUGAUACUUUUGGCAUGAAAGAUUAUCUCGGAAAAGUAUCACUGACUCUCGACGAUAUCAGGAAGCUGUCAAACAGCGAUCAGUCUCAUUGGUUCUCGCUCAGGGGAACCAAGACGGGAUCUGUGGAGCUGAAGAUCAAGGUCUUGUCGGAAGAAUGCGAGGUAAUCUUUAACGUAUCGGAACCACAGCAGCAAUAUACUACGCAGAGCACAUACGCAACCAGCAAUAUCAGCGACAAUUCUUCUCGCCUGAACACCGAACCCGAUUCCUUGUCGAGUAUCGUGCGUAGGCCCUCCAUGGAGAAGUCGAAGAUACGCCUGCACUUGGAUCCGGUUGUACCGCCUCCUCCUCCGCCGCGUACUGUCACCCUCUUAAAACCGACUACAUCCAAUCAGUCUGAUAAGGCUAGCGUUACCAGCAAAGAGUCCAACGAAAUGAACGGAACGUCGAGCUUCUGGAUCCCGAAAGUUAUCGCGGAGUCCGCCGCGAGUAAUACCGUCGACGAGGCCGAUACAACCAAAGUGAUCGCGGAGAGACGGUCUUCCCAUCAUAGCUUGACUCCCAGUCCCGAGCAGAGCUUCGGCAAAAAGUUACCGCAGUACAACAGCUUCCGCGUGAUGAAACAGAAGGUGAAGAGGGGUUUAAAACUUCGUAGAUUCCGUUCGGAAGUGACUAUAGAGGAUAAGAACGACAGUAAAGGCAUCACGCUGAGUUUGGAACCUAGAGGUGGCGGUGAGGCAGACGCCACGGAACUCCUGUCGGAAUCCGGCCUGGCUCAUGCAGUUUCACAACCGGACAUGCUGGGCAGAAUAAAGCAGCCCAGUCCACGCUUGAGAUUGAGGCCGAAUGAUCUGAAAAUUGUCAACGGCACUAGAGAGAAAUAUUCCGGUGUGGAAGGGAAAGUUCUUCAGGCGCAGGGUCUUCACGUGGCACACAUCGCUCAACUCUAUUGCCGAGUGAAACUGCAGACGUGCACGAGUCCGGAUAAGAUAUUGUCAACCAACGGUGGUAAAACUAUCGCCAAGUCGCGGCUGUUGCCGGCUAUGCCUAAUCCUCAGUUCAGCAUAGAUUUUCAUAUAGAAGGGGAUGGUGUACCUCGGCAAGCGUUACUGAUAUUCGAGAUCAGGAGUGCCAGCAAGGAAUUGCUGGCCAGUCGACGCAUAACGCUACAGGAAUUGCUUGGCGUUUCUGCAGCUAGCGACGAAAUUCAUACAUGGUUGGCGCUGAAUAACGGCGCCUCGCUGGAAGUACAAAUUGCUCACGGAAGGGAGCUUAAGAAUAAAUCGACGAAAAAGCUCUUCCGCUCUUGGUCGGUUCAUCGGAUAGGGAAAAUAUGAGACUUAAGGAAAACCAGAUAUUGCUGUUGUACAUCUGUCUACACACGUUCAUAAAAUCGCGGAACCCCUUCUGACUCGUUCCUUGGAGCAAUAUCUAAAUACAACAAAUUUCAAUUUUCAUACAAGGAGAGAAUGAUAGAGAGGAUUAUUUAUACGUCGUUAUAUGAAUCUUUUUACAAACUGUAUGGAAGAUUUUCCCAAUAUCAUUCCAGAUGACCAUAUCCCACCAUAUGCAUCGCGAGGUUUUAACAGCAUUCCAUAUGAUAUAUUUCAGCAUUUUUUAUAACUGUAUCAACGAGACAUCUCACAUUUCAGUAUAUAAUUCCACCGUUGUACAAGAUAAAUUAGAGAUAUAUAUAUAUAUGUUAAGUCUUAAUUUAUAUAUAUUAAGAUUUUUCUAAUAACAGCACAUACAGAAAA